AUGCUUCUGAAGACUGCAGUCGCGAUAUCGCUGUCCCUCGUGGCAGGCGUCCGCUCAGAUCCCACAUGGCCGGCAGCAACAGACGAGAUAGAGGAAAUAAUGUACCAGCUGUACGGCUCCAGGGCGCGCCUGUUCGCAGACACGAUCACACCCUGCUCAAAAGAAGCCCACGGGGUGGGUCGAAAGACUGCCUCGGAGUGGCUCCGGGUUGCAUUCCACGAUAUGGCAACAGCAAACGUGUUCUUCGGCACCGGCGGCAUCGACGCAUCGGUCAUGUACGAGCUCAACAACGGGGAGAACCUCGGGCCGGGGCUCAACACGAGCCUGAUCACCUACGCGGGCUUCUUCUCCCCGAGGAGCACCAUGUCGGACCUGAUCGCGCUGGGCGCCUCGCUGUCGACGCGGGUCUGCGGCGGGCCGGCCGUGCCCGUCAGGGGCGGCCGGGUGGACGCUACGUCGGCGGGCAGUAUCGGGGUGCCACAGCCGCAGAACGCGAUAUCGCUCUUCAUCAACCAGUUCCAGCGCAUGGGGUUCACGCAGUCCGAGAUGAUCGGCCUGGUCGCCUGCGGGCACACGAUCGGCGGCGUCCACACGACCGAGUUCCCGGCGCUGGUGCCCGCGGGGACGGCGGCGAACAACGAGUCGGCGCUGGACUCGACGCCCGAUGUCUUCGACAACAAGGUCGUGACCGAGUACCUGGACGGGACGACCAAGAACCCCCUGGUCGUGGGGCCGUCCGUGGCGCUGAAGCAGAACGCCGACUUCGUCGUCUUCAGCUCGGACAGGAACGUGACGAUGAACGCCCUCGCGAGCCCGACCAACUUCACCAGCACCUGCGCGAGCCUGCUGCAGCGCAUGGUCGAGGUCGUCCCGUCCGGCGUGGCUCUCUCCGACCCGAUCCUGCCCUACGCCGUCAAGCCGGUCGACCUCGGACUCACUCUCAACAGCGGCGGCGAGACGCUACUGCUGAGCGGGAGCAUCCGCGUGCGGACGACGGGACUGGCACAGGCCGCCAGCAGCGUCACGCUGGCAUACAAGGACCGGAGCGGCGCGAGCUGCGCCUCCUGCACCAUCUCGGCAACCGUCCAGGCGUCCGGUUCCGGUCUGGACGACACAUUCGACUACUUCCCCAUCUCAGCCAACAUCCCCGUGGCGUCGGGCAUCUCCUCCUUCACCGUCACGCUGGAGUUCGCCGACGGGACGACAAAGCUGUACGACAACAACGGCAACGCCUACCCCAUCUCGGACGCCGUGAUCCUGCAGAAGCCGCAGAGCUGCCUCCUCCAGGGUCCCGGCACCCUGAACGUGUCGGCGCUCGUCCUCAGCGACCGCGCGGCGUCGCCGGUGGCCCUCGGGAUCCAGUACCAGACGCCGCAGACAGGGAUCGCGGGCCCGCGGCUCCAGAGUGCCAGCGUCGCCAUGGCGGCUGGCGCCUGCGUGGGACCGUACACGUUCUACACGGCGUCGUACACCAUCCCCGGGGGGAUGUCUCACGCGGCGCGGCUCGAUGUCACCAGUGGCAGCGGCACUUCCGCGGCGUCCGACACGUUCAAUCUCGCGUCCGACCUGGCCGGGACGUGCCUUGAGUUCUCCGGAGCUGCUGCGUGCGGCAGCGCUCCCCCGUCGUCGUCGUCCUCGGCCGUGAGCUCCACGCUGUCUACAGUGUCCGUCCCGUCCAGCGCGGUCAGCACUUCCUCUCUGUCGACCGAGUCCGUCUCGUCUUCGGUCUCGUCUGUGACGACUUCUUCCACUGUUACUGCAAGUUCAUCUAGCACCUCAGCGGUUGCGACGUUGGCUCACAAGGCUACAGUAGCCGGGUACGACCUCGUGUCUUGCUGGACCGAGGGCACCGGCGUGCGUGCUCUUGCAGCGUCCACGUACUCAGACGACAGCAUGACACUCGAGUCCUGCGCAGCUUUCUGCGCGGGCUACAAAUAUUUCGGGGCGGAAUACGGAAGAGAAUGCUACUGUGGAAACACGGUUGAUGCCUCGGCCGAAGCUGCCCCCUUGGACGACUGCAACAUGGUCUGCUCCGGCUCCAGCGUCGAGUACUGUGGAUCUGGUAACCGCUUGGAGCUCUACUUCAACAACAGCACCGAGCCAGGCACUGGUGAAGGCGGAGGCGGGAGUGGAGGCGACGGCGGUGAGCCAACACAGCCGGAGGUUGUAGGAGCGUACAAGAUCUAUGGGUGCGUGACAGAGGCGGACCAGGCCAGGGCGCUGACCGCGCGGAGCUUCGUGGAUGCCGGGAUGACGCUGGAGCGUUGUGCGAGUUUCUGCUCGGCAUAUACCUACUUUGGCGUCGAGUACGCCCGCGAAUGUUAUUGUGGAAACAGCUUCGGGACCGGCUCGGUAGCUGCUCCGGCGGCUGAUUGUUCAAUGACAUGUGCGGGCAACGCAACACAGUUUUGCGGUGGCAGCAAUAGGCUCAGCGCCUAUCAGAAAUCGUGA